CAACAAACGCACAUCCAAUCGAGAUACGUGCUCUGUAACGAGACGGCGUUAAUUACUUCGGUCUUACAACUUCCUGGUUUCAAACGCUCUCAAACGAUGAAUCUGUGAGGAUACUAGGAAAAUUUCUCCUGUAUUAAUCCUUAUAAUAUCAAGAAAUUUGCGGUUGAACGUGCAACAGUACUUUAAUAUGGCGGAUACUAUACAAGACGAAAUAGCCGUGCAAAAUGACAAGAAGAGUAUGGUCGCACAAACCUCAGAGAGGAUACGAAUGUUGUUCAAUGUUAAUGUGACUUUCAGCCAUCCCGAGACUAGUGGAUAUCAAUGGGUACAGCUGAAAGGGUCUAAAGAUGGAGUACUAAAGGCAAAGGAAUACAUAAAAUCGUUGUGCAACCCAGAGAUUCAAGGGACAAAAGUGGAAUUUGAUGAGAGAUUCUAUGACGCUAUACACGAAUAUAGUCGACAUGUGGAGAAGAAUUCUUGUGCGAUUGUAAUGUUUUCAGCGAAAAACGAAGCUCUAAUUCAAGGAAGCGCCAUGGCCGUCGCUAUUGCAAGCUCAUCUAUAGAGGAACGACUCAACGAGCUAAAAGCUGGAUUACAACAUUCAUUCCAGGACCGUUCAAAUAACCAAAGAACUGGCAACGUAUCUAGCAGUAGAACUUACGCCAACUCUCAGUCUAACAUACAGACUGGGCCCUAUAUUGACCCAUCUUUGGAGGAAUUUGCAAUGAAACUUGGUUAUACAAAGGAGGACAUUUACCAGGUUGUGCGAAAACAGGGCAAAGAAGUUGACCAGAACACAUUACUUCACGAACUGAUCAAAGUUAGUGCACCAGGAAGACCAAGACAACAGGAGAAUCCACCCCAAACACUUCCUCCAGGUCCAGCGCCUUUGCCAGUACCUACAAGGCGUGGGGACAUAGUUGCACGUGGUGCACCUUCUAUGUCGCAACUGGCAGACAGGGGUGUUAUCCCAGAUACAAGCAUUGUCUUUCCCAAGGGUGCAAAUAUGUUGGCUGAAAGGCCUCCAGAGGAGGAAGCCAAGAUCUACCAUGAUGUUGUAGGGCCGAAGGAAUCUUCCUUGGAUACUGAGCUACGUCAUAUAGUCAUUGAUGGCAGUAAUGUUGCGAUGAGUCAUGGCAACCAGCAAUGCUUUUCCUGCCAAGGAAUUAAGCUCUGUGUGGAGUGGUUUAAAAAACGGGGACACAAAGAGAUCACUGUGUUUGUACCACAAUGGAGGAAGGAGGCUCCUAGAAUUGAUACUCCAAUGGAGGACCAGGACAUACUAUUAGAACUUGAAAGACAACGGCAUGUUGUGUUCACGCCAUCCAGAAGAGUAAAUGGCAGGCGGAUAGUCUGUUACGAUGACAGGUUUAUUCUACGACUGGCAUCAGAGAUUGAUGGGAUCAUAGUAUCGAAUGAUAACUUUAGAGACUUGUUUGAUGAAAAUCCAAAAUGGCAAGAGGUCAUUGAGCAUAGGAUUCUUAUGUACUCUUUUGUUGGAGACAUAUUCAUGGUCCCUGAUGACCCUCUUGGCCGGCAUGGCCCCACCCUAAAUGACUUCCUAAGAAAAGGGUCUGUUAGCCAUCCACGAAUAUGCCCCUAUCUGAAGCGGUGUACAUAUGGAUUGCGGUGUAAGUUCUACCACCCUGAACGGGACCCUGGGAGACAGGAAAAGCAGGAGUUGCGGCAAGUGACGUCAUCCAUCUCUCAGGGGAGGUACUUGAGGGAAACACCUCAAGGGAAUGGGGGAAUGCUACAAACACAAGAUUCCCAACAUAAGGCUCGAGCAGCCCCCAGAAAUGGAGGUCCCCAAUAUACUACCAGCCCAUAUGGACAACUUAACAUGCAGUAUAGUGCUGCACUGUCUCACAGGCAGGCAUUAACGAUGCGGGAUAAUGGACGUGACAUGGAGAGACACACCAAGUCAUCAGCAACAAGGACUAAUUACGACCAGACUGAUGGGAUGAAUAGUGAACUCUUCAACGAACUUAUAACCAUUUUCCCAGAUAAUGAGGAGGCGAUAUUGAAAAUAAUGCGCGAGAAUCCAAAUGCUGACAAGCAGCUACUGGCUAAUCUUGUUGCCUCUUGUGUGUGAGUUAAGUGGCAUUCAUGGGUGAGCUUGGAUUGCUAGAUGCAUGCAAAAAAAUUUAUAAUGGUGGACUCAUUGAUUACGGUACAAUUUAAAAAAAUAAUAAUAAUUUCACUGGCUGAAAUUUGAUGUUUAGCUAGUGCCUCAACAGUCAAGAGUUUACAAGCCAGACAUUAAACAAAAAUUUUCAAAAUACAGAGUACUACAGUAUGAGACCAAUUGAAAGGAUUGAGAUAUCCAGACUCAAGGACAACAAUGUUUUGAAUGUAUUUGUUACUUACGUUAUUCACUAUCAAAAUCUACUCUAACUCAAAGUGGAAAUCGCAUUAGUUUACUACUGGUGGCCUGGCAGAAACCUCAACCAAAAGGAGUCUUUUGCUCCGACGAAGGGCUAAAGCUCGAAACGUCAGCGCAAGCACUCUGUUUCACAGAGGCGUUUUACAUACCUUUUCAUCACUCUGUUUCACAGAGGCGUUUAACAUACCUUUUCACCUUGUGUUGAUUCAUACCUUGUCUACACCACACCUACACAGACCAUCUAGUUUUUCUACAGCUUGUCUGUAGUCUUUCUAGUUAUACUAUUAGAAUCCUCCCUAUCUUAUAGGCCAUCUGCUAUUAGUUGCUUUUAGGAGCCUUUCAUUAGUUGCAUCCUUAAUGAAGGCUCCAAUAGCCAAAUUGCUUGUACAAUUUUGGAAGAUUUUUUGUGUUUUCUGUUAGAAAUCAUUAAAGAUCGUUAUGUUUUUUUACCAGAAGUCAACUGUCCGAUCGCCACUUUAAGUAGAGUAGACAUUGAUAAUGAGUAAUGUAAGUUGUUUCUUAACACUAACAAAGAAGGCAUGAGGGCUGGGGGGAGGGGGAAAAAUUGAUCUUUUGUGGACUAAAAGUUUUGUGCUUCAAGAAAAUACGGUUUAAAGUUUUGAUAAAUCCCUGUUGUUAUACUCAAAGAAGUAUAGUGAAAUGUUUCUUUCUAUGAGAGAGUGCAAUUAUUAGAUAAGUAAUUAAUGUUAGUUUGUGUUAAAAGAAUUUGUUCGAUUUUUACUUUAACUGUUUUUCUCCUAAAAAACCCAUGUGGGUUGUGCAUUGAUAGUAAUAUUUGUCAGCUUGCUUGUAAUUAUUUUUGUGAUGUUUUUUUCUAUGGAAUAGCGUUCGUAUUUUUACCAUCUUUUUGGCUGUCAGCUAAUAGACACUUUAUUGUCUGAUAUAGCCAGUAGUUUAGUCCCUCCUGUUUUUAUGUCAGGACAUCAGGAGCUUGAACCCUAAAAUUAAACAUUUUUCUGCUAAAUUCAAAUUGAAUUUUAGCAAUGAUAAAUAUUGUCUUCUGUACACCUUUGGUCUAGGGGAAAGGAUUAAAUAAAUAACUUUUGUUGUGUAUUGUACAUUGGAAAAACAGCGAACAUAGCAACUUAUUCAGCACCAACAAACAAAAAAAACAGAUAUUUUUUUUUCAGAAAGGAAUUAGUUGAGUUUAUUUCUUUGUCAUUCUCUGAUGUGACGGGUGCAGUCAUUUCUUAUUUUUUUGUUUGAUCAUUUUGUUUUGAAUUUGCCACCCAAAAAGGUCAUGUGAUCUCUUAGUGCAAGUCCCCCUUUUACCCUUUCACCAUGUUUUUGGCUUGAAAAUCUCUUUUAGGGCAGUUUAAAGAAUGCUUUCUUCUAAUUUGUGCAAAUUAUUGAUAUAUUUUUUUCACAAAAGUGAAAAUACAUAAGAUUGCAUGUACAAAGUCAAGAGUAUCCUAUAUGUAGAACAAAACACAUAUUAGGGAUAGUUUUGCAAAUGAGAAAUAAAGUUUAAAUAUUUGCA